UGGAGUCGAGUCUAUGGAAAAAGAGUUCAUGGAUUUGCAAAAAAUGAGAACUCACUUAAGACUCUGCAUAAAUGAUCUUAAUGAAAAGUUAAAAGGAAAGGAAGCUGCAUUACAUACAGUGAAUCAGGCAAAUUUGAAAAACAAAGCUACACUUUUACAGCUUCAAAAUGACCUGCAGCAAACAUCAGAGUUCAUCCAAGAUGCAGUGCAGCUAAAAUCAUUUGUAAAGAAACUGUACCAUAAAUACGGAGAAUCUAAAACAAAAGCAACUGAAGAUAGCAAGAAAAUGGACAUGCAUGCUGAGUUAAUGCGUCAGAGACAGCAUCUUGAAGAAACAGUUCAGUCUCUUAGGAAUCAAGUAUACAAGAAUUCUUUGCAGAAGCAAAAGAAUGCUUCAAGGAUUAUGCAGGAAAACAAAGAAUUACUUACAGAACUCAACAUGCUCCGUACGAAGCUUAAAGAAACACAAGAGCAUUGUGCAGAAAUGGAGGCAAUCAUUGGUGUCAAUAAACGAUGUAUGUCCCCAGAGAAAGCUCGUGCAUGUUUAGAAAAGGCCAUCAGAAACAAUGAGGCUAUUGAAUAUGAGUAUCAGCAAAAACUGAAUGUAAGUUGUAGUGCUUUAUAUCAAUUGCCUGAUGAUAAGUUGGAUAUAAACUAUAACUCAUCACAAGUGACUGCUUUGGACAAGUUUCACACAAAUGCAAAGGCCUAUGUUAAUACAAUAUUAUACAUGCAAUCAGUGUGA